AUGGCCACCAUGUCGCUUCAAGCUCUCUCGUCCGCGUCCACGCUCGUCCCCUCGCCAUCCCUCCUAAAGGCUUCCGCCACCACGAGGACAAAUGCCGCGGUUUCUUCGAAGCGGACUGUCGUGCGCGCUCUUAAGUGCGCGGCAGCGGCUGUGGCGGGCCCCUUUGUGCCCGACGCGGCAUUGGCAUACAUCGGAGGAGGUCCGUACGGUCGCGAGGUGACACGUGGCCAGGACCUGACGGGACGGGACUACAGCGGGCUGGACCUGCGGGGGCAGGACUUCAAGACGUCCAUUCUACGCCAGGCGAAUUUCGCCGGGGCGAACCUCAUAGGGGCUUCCUUUUUCGACGCCGACCUCACAGGAGCGGACUUCACGGGUGCCAACCUCACUGCGGCUGACUUCUCCCUCACCAGCGCAAACAAGGCCAACUUCACGAACGCCAUUCUGGAGGGCAUCUCAUUCACCGGCAACACGUCCUUCAAAGGCGCUAUCAUCACCGGCGCUGACUUCACGGACGUGUACUUCCGAGCGGACCAGAAGGCGUACCUGUGCAGAGCGGCUGAGGGCACUAAUCCUGUCACUGGCAACGACACCCGCGACACUCUGCUCUGCUAG